GUUUCCGCAUACGGAUAUAUACAUAUCGACCGUUAUGCGACGCAAAAAUGGGGAGUUUCCUCAUUUGGGUGGCGUUUUUCUAUUAUCCAUGUGUCGAAAAGGAGUUUCAGGGCCUGUAAUGAGACCACCUUGCGGAAUUGGUUGGAUGACCCGGACCGGCCCCUGAACCGGCCCGUCGGGCUCCACAUCUUCCGGCAGGUCGCCGCCGUUGUCGGUGAUGCGCAUUGCCAUGGCCGCGCUAUCGCGGGCCUACUCCGGCCCUCUUGCUUUACAAUUAAUGAUAUGCACUGGGUCCGUUUUUUCGUGCCCGCCGAGUGUUCGAUAUUGGGCCGAUGUGAGAGUGAGGUAUUAGUAGUUGCAACGAGUGAUGGGGGAUAUGCGGUGAAGAGCGUCGUCGGCGAGGAGUUGGAUUGGUAUGUGAGCCCGGAGGAGGCAGCCGGUGGGCAGAGUACGUUUGCGUCGGAUGCGUAUCGACUAGGCGUUCUUUUGUUUGAGUUGUUCUCCGUGUUCGGUUCAGCGGAGGAAAAGAUCAAAGCCAUGUCGAGUUUGAGGCAGCGGGUGCUUCCCCGAGAAGUGCUUCUCAAAUUGCCAAAAGUCUCUUCCUUUUGCCUCUUGCUUUUGCACCCUCACCCGAACUCGCGGCCAAAGAUAAGUGAGGUGCUACUUAGUGAUUUCCUAAACGAACCAAGAGAGAGGCUGCAAGAAUGUGAGACGGCAAUCAAGGUGAAAGAAGAGAUUGAUGAAAAUGAGCUACUGCUUGAAUUUCUUUUACAGCUGCAGCAAAGGAAGCAAGAAGCUGCUGAUAAGCUGCACGAUACUAUAUGCUUACUCUCUUCUGAUUUUGAAGAGGUCGUGGUCCAUCAAUCGAUCAGUAAAAAGUGUGGCAGCUUAUUUGAAAAAUCAAUUGAGGAUGAGCUUUUAGCAGCAGAAAAGGUUGAGAAGCCAUUACUGCUUCCUGCUUCUCAAAAAGCUGAUCGAUCCAAGCUGUACUCAUCUGUUGAAAAGUUAGACGAGGAUUAUACAUGUUCGGGCUCUAGAAAACGCUCAAAACUAAGCACGGUAACAGAAGAAAAUGCCGCCUCGAAAAGCUCUCGAAUGAUGAAUAACUUUAAAAGGCUAGAAGCAACUUAUUUCUCAACAAGAUGCGUCCCGGUGAAAAGAACCCCAAAAACUCGUGAAGGAAGUUCAUUUGAUGAUUUGUCUUACAGGGAAGGCACUUUUAGAGGAACUAGUAGUGGUGGAUGGAUUAACCCAUUUCUUGAGAGCUUGUCUAAAUAUCUUUGCUAUAGUAAGUUUGAAGUCCAGGCCGAGUUAAAGCAAGGGGAUCUCUUGAACUCAUCCAAUUUGGUGUGCGCUUUGGGUUUCGACCGGGACAAAGAGCUUUUCGCUACUGCCAAUGUAAAUAGGAAGAUAAAGAUUUUCGAAUGUGAUAUGGUUUUGAAUCAAAAGCUGGACAUUCACUAUCCGGUAGUUGAAAUGACUAGCAGAUCAAAGCUUAGCAGUAUUUGCUGGAAUAGUUACAUUAGGAGUCAAAUUGCUUCGAGUAACUUUGAAGGUGUUAUCCAGGUAUGGGAUGUUACAAAAAACCAACUCUACGCGGAAAUGGGUGAGCACGAAAGGCGGGUCUGGUCAGUUGACAUUUCGAAGUUAGACCCGACAAUGUUGGCUAGCGGAUGCGACGAUGGAACUGUGAAGAUAUGGAAUAUGAAUCAGGGAGGGAGCAGUUGUACAAUCAAAACAAAUGCGAAUGUGUGCUCAGUUCAGUUCUCACCUGACUCUUCUCAUUUCCUUGCGAUUGGUUCAGCUGAUCAUAGGGUGUAUUGUUAUGAUCGUCGGAACAUAAGGGUACCUUCAUGUACAUUUAUUGGCCACUCAAAGACAGUAAGCUAUGUUAAGUUUGUGGAUUCAUCCACACUUUUAUCUGCUUCUAUUGAUAGCUCCUUAAAACUGUGGGACUUGUCUACGUGUACUUCGAGGGUGAUCGACAACUCAUUGCAGACUUUCACAGGCCAUACAAAUUUGAAGAAUUUUGUUGGCUUGUCGAUUUCGAAUGGAUACAUUGCAACAGGCUCAGAAACAAAUGAGGUUUUUGUGUACCAUAAAGCGUUCCCAAUGCCGGUCUUAUCGUACAAAUUCAACAGUGAAGAUCCUAUCUAUGGCCGCGAAGUCGACGAUGCCAUGCAUUUUGUGUCCUGCGUUUGCUGGCGCGGCCAGUCUUCCACCUUACUCGCCGCAAAUUCGAGUGGUGACAUCAAACUUUUAGAGAUGAUUUGAUCUAACUAUUUACCGAAAUAUGUAACGUAAUUUCUAAUAAUUUAAUGAAAUGAGGGGCACCAAAAUGUGCAAAAUUCAUGGGUUUCGUCAACUCAACUGAAAGCUGGUUUCUGGAUUUGGUGUUAACAAAUGCAAAGUAGGAAAGUAAAAUGCUUUUGUAAACAUCAGUUAUUCUGGGUAUUAUUAUUAUUUUUCUUGUGUUUGGUU